GAGAUUAUCAACAUCUUUUUUGGGAGUUUCUAGUUAAAUUGUUUUAGCAUCUCUACUUAUCACCGUUAUACCGCCGGCAAACAACUUGCUUCUGAUUCGCGGAAUUAUUUUUAUCUUUUUUAAAGUUGAUGCUAGUAUUUGGAACAGAAAAGUGCUGUGGAACCAUUCCAUAGCCAACCGGCAAACAACAAAAACUUGUUCAUGGAGCACCUAGAACUUAGUGACCAUAGCGUCACAGUGACGCACUUUAUAAAUCCACAUUUGUUUUGGUAUCGUAAAAUCGGAGGUCCAGAUGACAAAUUCCACGUGCUAACUCUGUUGGAAGAAAGAUUACAUGAGUUGUAUAAGAAUAAGCCGCCAACCGAGGCCCGCUGCCGUCCAGCAGUAGGCGACAAAGUUGCAGUUCAUUAUGUGGUAUGGAAUAAAUUUAUACGUGCCGAAAUUCUACAAAAAGCCGAAUUCCAAAAGGAAGAGUAUAUUGUAUGGGCUAUGGAUUAUGGCUUUCCCCUUUUGACUAAAAAGGAGUAUUUGAGAAAUUUGCCUGACAUAUUGACGAAGUCAAUUGGUCUCAUACACUGUGGUGGCGUAUCAAAAAUUCAACCUGCUGUGCAGGACUAUGAUUACGUGCAAAGUAAUUUAGUGAUGGUGAAACAGAAUGAAUGGUCACAGAAGGGCUGUGAAAUGCUUGAGAAAUUGUUAGCCGAUGCCUCUACGGUAAUUUUUGUGGAACAAUUUCAUUUACCAGAGGAGCAUAGCUGGGGCGAACUUAUCAUAGUCAAUCAUAAGGGUAACAAAUUCAAUGCCCGUGAAUACCUUAAAACAGCUAAGCAUGCCAUGGAAAUAGCCAGUAAGGAUUUUCCUGAAAUCUGCUCUACUCUUAAGACAAUAAACAUUGCUCCUUGGCUGUCCAACUGUCGCAGAACCAACAUGAAAAUCAAUUCAAUAAAACACAAUAUGGCGGAACAUGCACAACAAGUUAAUUCCGCCAUCAUUGGUGAAUGUGCAAAACGCAAAGUUGAAGAUUGGUGUGAACGCAAUGCUCGUGUUCAGAAUAGCACUGUAGACCCUGUGGAGCAUUCAGAGUUAUCUGGUGUUGAAUGUUCUCACGAUCAGAGCAUUGACGAUAUAACAUUCGAUGAUUCCGUUUCGGUUAUACAUCAGCAAAUGCAAUCGAAGCGAAGAUCAGCAUCAAAAUCCCAAAAUCAACACGAGCACAGCACCAAAGACUUGGAUGAUCAAAUUAAUUACAUUGGAAAAGCGGGGGCUAUGACAAGAUUAAAACAACAAAAGUAUUCGCUGAAACAUAGCCUACCACCUCAAGCCAAUUUAAAAGCCUUCAAUAUGGAUUUUGACACUCAUGGCACUGGGUGCAAUGAUGAUGAUGAUGCUAAGCCUAUAUCUGUUUCUGCCCCGACAAUAGUAUCCUCGGCAUCUAGUUGUAAGAGUGUAUCUGAUCGUUUGCAAAGACUUGCUGAAGUGCGUGCUCAACAUGCGCGGCAAAUUAAAAAGCAACAAGAACAGCAGCAACAACAACAACAUAACUAUUUAGGUUCUUUGGACUUUAAUUCAACCACUACUUCUAUUGUAACUACCGGUGGAGCAGGAAGUUCUGUAGCUUUAUUACGUAGUCAAAAAUUGACAGAGUUGCGUAAAAAAUAUAAAAACGACGAGGAGAAAAAAUCAUCGGCUGCUGUUGCAGCUGAAGAUUCAAAAAUAGUUUCGCCAUCCUCAACUCAUACAUUUAGUUCACGCACUCAACACCUAAUUGGAAUACGACAAAAGUAUAAAUUGCAGCAGUCAAAUGAAACGCACUCAACAAUUCAUCCAUAUCAAGUGUUAGACCAAUCAACUACCACUUGCAAUGACGAUCUCGAUAAAACACAUGACUCUGCGAAUGCUUCAUCAGUAAACAAUGCCCGUGGUAAACAUUUAAGCGAAAUGAGACGCAAAUUAAGAGCAGCAAGUUCCCAAGAAAAAACUGCCAGUGAAGUAUCAACAACCGAGGACGAGAUAUUCAAUUUCCACGAACUCUCAGCUGCUUUGAGUGAUUGCAAGCCAAGUAAACAAAUCACUAAGGAAGGCAAUCCAACUAAUAUAUUAGAAAGUUUCGAUUUUAAGUUAAAGCCAAAAUCUUCGAUACACUAUGAGUCAAAUGAGCCCAUAGAUAUGCCAAGUCUUCUUCCAAAGACCCCUUCCAAAGCAAGUGACAAAGAAUCACAAGCAGAUGAUUAUGAUGGGCUUACAAUGAUACCAGCAGGUUUCGAUGUAACACGCCUGCGUCCGUAUCGCGAUGAAAAUAAUCACUGGCAUCGGAAAAAGACUACACGCAACGAAUUUAUACCACAUGAUGACAUCACCAUUUCAUCUUCAGAAGAAAUACUCAUUAACAAUAUGCAUGAACAAAGUUCCUCAUCAUCCGAUUUCUUCCAAAUUAAAGCACCGGUUAUAAAACAAAAGCCAAAAGAUCUUUCUAAAAGAUUCACAAAACCCUCGCAUUUGUCUGCACCGGGAAAUCAGACAUUUUCUCAGCAAGCUCAAAUGGGCGCUAAGCAUUCUUAUCGUGAAGACAGCAAUGCGACUGGUUGCAGUGAUAAUCAAAUCAUAAGUGAUGUCGUUGGUGGUAGCGAUCACCCUUACCCAGAAAUUUCGACGUCUACCUCGCAGUCCACUAUCAAUAGCCAUCCUGCUCGUCGCCAAAUGCCUUCGCCGUCUUCCCAAAUAUCAAAAAUGGAUGAAAUUCUUAAACGAAAAAAAUUGGAGAAAAUCUCGGGCAACAGUUCAUCUUCAAAGUCCAACUGCUCUUUUAGAGCAGACAGUGGUGGUAACACGACAAAUUCAACGGCGUCUGCAUUCAGUGAUACCAUAGCAAAGAAUUUUUCUGGAUGUCAAUCUCCAUAUUCCGAUAAUAAAAAUACCAAAAAUAUGAUUAACUACACAACGUUAAUGGAAGUAAAACGCACCGAAAAUUUACCAAUUGUCGAGGGUGAAAUAACGCUGCAAACGAAAUUCAUUGACCAUUUAGUGCUGGCCCAUUCCAGCAUACCCCUAAUGCCUGUGGAAAAUGUGAACGAGGCCUCCUUUUUGCCGGAAAUACACGAGGAAAUGCAUCAAAUGCGCGCCAAUAAGGUUUAUCGCAUACAGGUCUAUUCGUGGUCCCAUGUCUUGAGAGGCAACUCACUUUUCGUGGUUAAUCCCGCAAGAACUGGUAAAACCUGGUCAUAUCUGCCAGCUUUGUGCAGUCUUGUUUGCUGUCGCUACGAAAGACUGAAACCCUCAUAUGGGCCGGUGGCUAUAGUCAUGGUGGCCUCUUCCAGACAUGUGGAAUCGGUUUAUAGCUAUUGCCGACGUUUAAUGAGUGGCUUCAAGGCCGACGCUCCCAGCUGUGUUCCCUCAUAUGGCAUGCGAAAUUUUAUUGAUACCAAAGUUCAACUACUUAAUGGAUGUGGCAUACUGGUUGUCACUCCCUCUUCCCUCUUGCGUCUGCUGAAGGAUAAUAACAACAACGAGCCCCUGUUUGACAGCGAACGCCUAAAGCACAUAGUAAUCGAUGAUAUGGACAUCAUGUUGUCGCGAUCACACGAAGACUUUGAAACGGCAGCACGCAUUGUAUUCAAAUUGUCUAAGAAAUCCAAAUUCAACACUUUGCAACCACAGCUGAUUGUGACUUCACGGGACUGGGAUGGUGUAAUGAUACGUUUGAUGCGAAAAUCCAACCAACCCUUGUUGCUGAUAGGAGAUUUUCUAGAAGCCGCCGUCUAUGGUCGGGCCACUCUGUCAGUGAAAUUGAAGUCUAGUGUGGAGAAAAAUGACACCAUUCUCAAAUUCAUAGAGAAACAGGCGCAAUCAUUACAAGGUGACUUGGAGCAUAGACGAAUUCUUAUCAUGUGCAAUGGAGAUGACGAUGUGGAAACGGUGAUGCAAUUCAUUUCGGAGUAUGGUUAUCCAUGUUUGGCCUAUAACAAUCGAUCAACCGACAGUGAAAAGGUCACAGUGGAUGAGUGGAAGAAGAAGGUAUCUUCACAAAUCCUCAUAUGCACCGAUGCACGUUUUCCUGAGCUUCAAGUGCAGAAUGUUCAUAACCUCAUACACUAUUCAAUGCCUACAUCGUGGACACAAUUCACUACAAGAUUUUCAGCAAUGGCCCAAACUUAUGAUAAUUUUGUCUGUAAAUGCAUCGAAGAUAUUCACACCUCUACGGUGACCAAGCCAAUAAACUCAUCGUCAUCGUUACAUGUUGGGACUCCAGCUCACUCAAUGAUUUUACUAGAUGAAGAUAAUAGCUUGCAGUUGCCACGUUUAGUUGAUUUUAUGCGCAAACAUAAUCAAUACGUUCAUCCUGAUAUUUUGGCCGUAUCGAAGCGUGUCUUGGUUGCUCGUGAAGAAAUGCGCAUCUGUAAGGGAGCCCUGUUGUGUCCCCAACUGUUGGAAUUUGGGGAAUGUGAUGAAAGUCGCUGUGAUAAACGCCAUGAAUUGACGCGUUUCGAUGUGAUUGGAGAGAAAGAUGACAUACCUUGCGAAGGAGAAAUGCGAAUUCUCAUAUUAAAGGUAUUUUCACCCACAUAUUUUGCUGCACGUCUUCUACAGCAUAAACCCUUGAACACCACAAAAUGGCGUGAAGUACGACGUUCCGCGGAAAACUUGAAAUUUUCAGUUGAACUCGACCUUCACUAUCGCAAUGAAGCGAAUCUUUUGUUACAUUGGCCACCCUAUGUCAAUGAUUUAUGCAUGUACAAAUAUGCAGAUAAUUUCCGAAGAGCUCUAAUCCUAGAAGCCCCAGAUUUGAGCGAUAAAAAUAUAAAUAUUGUACAAUCCAAUUUGAGAGUAAAUCUGAAACUUGUCGACGAUGGUACCACUGUAAACUCUGUGAAAUGCAAUGAAUUGUUUGUGUGUCAUGAUAAGUUUAAAGAGUUUCCCUUCCAAGCCAUCGACAUACGCUUAAUGAAUGUGGUGCCGUUCGAUAAUGAAAGAACAUGGGAUUCGAAAACAACCAAACAAGUGCAAACAUGGCUUAUGGAUGAUCUAAAACCCCACCAUGUUGUGCAGGUGGGCAUUAAAUUUGCUUUGGCUCAAACAGUGUGGGUAAACAAUAUGGUGGUUAUGGAGAAAUUGUCAACACUCAGUACCUAUAGGCCGCAUGUCAACUUGAAAUUGUCCCUUAUUAAAAAGAAUUUCGCCAUGAUCUAUAAAGGUGAACGAAAACAUGUACAGGACAUUGCCAGAGAAUAUGGCUUGCUGAAAGUUGUUGUUUCUAACCAGGAGGAAAAAAGCGUAGAGACCCCUUCGGGCGACUCAACCAUGGAGGACUAUGAAUCAUGCCGUAACGAUAAUAGUACCGACUUGAUUAAAUUCUCAUCUUCAAAUGGGGAGGAUGUUACAAAUAGCAGCAUGGAAUCAGCUAGAAACGAGAUAGCAACGGAAGAAGCGGCAGAUGGCCUAGAUGGUGAAAAAGGUCCAGUGGAUACAGUAGAGGACUGGGAUGCAUUUGUAAGCGAUAAGCCAGGCAAAGAGGAACACGAACAGGUAUUUGUGCCAUUAAAAAAUGAAACCCCUUCAAAAGUUGAGUCCUGGUCUCAGUUGUCUUUGUACGAAUUGACAAAAGUGGAAAUUGGAGAUGAAGGAGAAAAUGGAAACUGGGAAAAUAUUUUUCUACAAAUCAUCGACAAAAAACACAUGGCCAUGUUCGAUGAUCUUGUCAAUAUGAUAAACAAUCAUGUGGCAAAACUAAAGGCCAACUGCAAUAACGAGGACAAGGACUCAAUGAAUCGCGUAUAUGAGUUCAAGCCCCUACACAAUUGCAUUGUCAAAUAUGAUAAUAUGUAUUUGCGUGCCAAAGUUCAUGGGGUAUUUGGUAACAAUGUGAGAGAUCGCCUGUACAGAUUUUUCCUAUGUGAUUAUGCCUGUUUUACCAAUGUUAAAUCUCACGAGCUGUACAAUGAUUUCCUUUAUGAGACCACUGAGGAAAUUGUUAACUUUAUACCCUAUCAGGCAAUAAAUUGUACCUUGGGAGGCAUACAAUGGGAUCGUUUUGCCAAGAGAUAUCAGGUUACCAAAGAAUAUCUAUACGCUUGUGCUGUUGAGCAGCGUAGCGAAGAGGAGAAGAAAUCAUUAGGUUUAAACAAUCUGCCCAUAUACUCCUACAAAAUACUGCUAUAUGAGUGCGAAAAACCAAAUGAGUUUGUGGCAGCGGAAAUGUUUAACCGUGUUCUUGUGGAAAAAGGUAUAACGACAGUGGAUGAAGCUACCAAACAUUAUUUGGAUUAUAAGCUAAGUUUUAUACACAGCAGCAGUGUUGAAACUAGCCAUAGCAAUGAUUUAAAACCCAAUGUUCACAGUUCCAGCGGCUCUUCGACCAGUGGCAGUGGGGUCUAUACAUUCGAACAAUUUCUUGAGAGUGUACAAAAAUCAAAUGAGUUAGAGCAAAUGGAGGAGAACUUAUUGAAUGAAAGCACCACGGAUGUAAUAGAUGAGAUUAAGGAAACUGCCAAGUCAUAUGGUCUGCUGGACGACCCUCAGCAAGAGGCAAAACAGCAGCAACUUGAGAGUGUACAAAAAUCAAAUGAGUUAGAGCAAAUGGAGGAGAAUUUAUUGAAUGAAAGCACCACGGAUGUAAUAGAUGAGAUUAAGGAAACUGCCAAGUCAUAUGGUCUGCUGGACGACCCUCAGCAAGAGGCAAAACAGCAGCAACAGCAUCAGCCUAAUGCCAAAAAAAUUCUUGUAAUAACAAGAGAAAUUGAUGACGACGAGGAAGAUCACUGUACCACUGAUGAUUCGGACAACAAGAAAUCUUCAACUUCUUUAACUUCCUCCAGUGCCAGCAGCUCCAUCACAACACCAAUGCCCGUAUUAAAGGCCCUGUAUAAACGACCUAUUACCACAUGGUAUGAAACCGAUUGUCUAAUAUUUAUUUCCAUUUAUGCCCCCGAUAUCACAGACUAUGCCCUUGAGGUUACUCAAAAGACGAUUUUCUUUGCCACACACAUCGAAGAUGAUGAAUUUGUUGUAUAUUUAAAGCUAUUGGGCUCUGUUAACCCCCGCCACACAUCGCAUGAAAUAAAGGGACUCAAUGUCAUCAUACGUCUGGUGAAAAAUGUCUUUAUCACUUGGCCUAGACUCUUGGAAGAAGCCACCAAAUAUUCUUGGUUGAAAUAUAAUUACAAUUCGUUUGAUUCCGGCGAAUUGGAAUAUAUUAUGCCGCAGCGUCGUUUGCAAUCCUUACUGGAGAAUACACCUUACAUUGAUGAAAAUCAAAUAUAUGAUGAAAUCGGUUCCGAUGAUAGUGAACAAGAUCGUUAUCAGACUUUUAAUCCCAUUGAAACCAAUGGUGAUGAUUUUGAUCCCUUUGCGUAAAUGGACGCAAAAGCAAAUGUGCAUUGUUAGACUAGUAUGGAAUAUAAUUUUAUGUUUUUUUAUUAACUAUGUAGAGAUGUACAUUAUUUUUUAACUUUUCUAAUGAAUUAUUUUUUAUUUUUAUUAUUUUUUAACUAUAGAACUAAAAUAAAUAAAGAUUAUAAAAUUC